UCACUUUUUUAGCCUGCAAACUUUAGUUUCCUUCAAACUUUAGUCACCUUUCUUCUAUUCAGAACUACCCUUUUUUCCCUCUGCUCGUGUUUUUAAAACUCUGCUUCAAAUCAUCACGGUCCAGCUUUAUACCCUCCAUUUGAUUCCUUCCAAGAGUAUUAUAUAUAUGCACACUCAUUCACUUAAGUAGGGGCUGAGCUGAAAACCCUCAAACAAAUUCUUGUUCUUCAAAGCAAGAAUCAAGUACAUAGCUGAUUUCGGUCUAGACUUGGAGUGGAGAUGUCUACUGUUGCUGCGGGAACUUUGGCCUUGCCAACUCCUCAGGACGCUGCUUUCCAGAGUUUAGACGAAACCGAAGAUGCGAAGAUUGAGCACGGGGGUGUGCGUGCAGGAAGUGAUCACAAGGAAGAAGAUGACGAUGGGAAGCUAAGGUCUGAAGAAGAGCAAGAUUCUGGUCCAAAGUUCUCUCUUAAGGAGCAAAUUGAGAAGGACAAGGAUGAGGGAAGACUGAAGAGAUGGAAAGAACAGCUCUUUGGAAGAGCGGAUGUCUCUGCCGUUGAAUUUGGGGUCGGGAAUAAUGCGCCAGAAGUGAAGAUACUGACCCUUUUGAUCCAAUCCCCGGGAAGACCGGACGUUAACUUGCCAUUUUCAAUGGCUGCUUCAAACAACCCAAAGCGCAGUCUCUUUACGCUCAAGGAAGGAUCGCGGUACCGCACGAAAUUCUCAUUCAACGUCUUCAAUAGCGCCGUGUCCGGCCUCAAGUACGCAUACACUGUCUGGAAGACCGGCAUAAGAGUGGAGAACACCAAAAUAAUGAUUGGGACUUUCAGUCCCAGGCAAGAACCGUACACAUAUGAAUUGGAGGAACAGAUCAUCCCUUGUGGUCUAUUUGCCAGAGGCUCUUAUUUUGUCAGAACUAAGUUUGUGGAUGAUGAAGGGAAGUGUUACAUGGACUUCAGCUACUACUUUGAAAUCAGAAAGAAUUGGCAAUGACCAUCUAUCUGGUGGGCUCUAGUACACCUUUUUAAUGAAUAGUUAUGUGAAACAGCUGGUAAAAGCCGCUGAAAUUGCUUUCUCUUCCUGUGAUUGGACUUUGUCUGUUCCUGUCAAGGCUCUGAAAUAUUCGAAAAGAGAUAAUAAAAUCUCUGGUAUGGA